AUGUCCGAUCUACAUCAAAAUGGGCCCGAACUUGAUUUGGUGGGCUUACCUCCAUCUGUUAGACGGUAUGUCUACGAAGGAAAAGAUCAAUUUUUUCGAAUACUUCAACUUGAACGCAAACGCCUGCUCGAUUCAAUGCGCAAUUCUCAUAAUAUCACCGACACCCAUACCGAAUCUGGCAACAACAGACCAGAGAAGAUUGAGAUCACCGAAUACAUUAUCUUCUCAAUAAACCCCACCACUUUUCACCAGGAUUUCCUCGGACCGGACCCUAUCUCUCUCUUUUCAAUCCGAGCAUCUUUCAACCCGAGAACCGGAUUACUUAUCGUCAAGAUGAUCACUGGUAUGCACACUGCAUUUGCCUUCGCUAUCCAAGACGAAAUCGACAACGCCUUAGGGCGCAUGGGCCUUGAUGAAGCCAUUUAUCUCUAUCACGGUGUCAGCUUCGAUAUUAAUGGUCAAAAUAAAGAGGCAGACAUGGCUUGGGGGCCAAGACGACUCCCUCACAAGACUGAACGGAACGUCCACCGUGAUAUUGACCUUUGGCUGGACCCUCAUCGAGGGAAAGCUAAUGUUGCCAUUACGAUCAGGAUCAAUCGCCAGCGGCCCAUGAUUAGUAUUGACAAGUGGAUGUGGGAUUCAAACAAUGGCACAUCCCGAAGAUCCCAGCAUAUUGAGGCCUCAGAGGACAAGAUGGGUGAAGUCAAAGUUUCUGGUGGUCCCCUUAUCAUCCCAUUUCGUUUCUUUUUCCUACGAGACCCAGAUCCCCGAACACGAGAGACCGACGUGAUUAUCGACAAGGAAUGUUUGCAGACUGUACGAAGUAAACGAUUGGCAGCCAAAAAUAGAGAUCCCCACCAUUUUGUGAGCUCAGUAACUGAAUUGGAAAUCGGCUUGUUCAUUGAGGAUCGAAAGGCCUGCCACCCUCGAAUCAAACGUCUAUCAAUGCCACUUGCACACUUCCAGAAGAAGAAGAUCAAAGCAAUGCUCGAUGUCCGUGAUUUCUCUUAG